AUGUUUCUGAACAUAUUUGGGGAUAGACGUGAUCACUCGAUAUUGAGGGUCAGGAAGAGUCAGAAUAUUCUUGGUGGAAUAGAGGGUGUUCCAGAAGAAAUUAUUCCACAUCUGGAGUUAACAGGUUUUAUUGGAGUAACAAACUUGUCCCAGUUUCCCUUAGAUGUGGGAUUGAUUACUGCUUUAGUAGAGAGGUGGAGGGCCAAGACGCACACCUUUCACAUGCCCCUUGGAGAGUGUAUUAUUACUCUUCAGGAUGUUGCUAUCCUCUUAGGAUUAUGUAUAGAUGAUAGAUCAGUUAUAGCACCCACUAGAGGUGAUUGGGCGCAGAUUGUGAAAGACAACCUAGGCAUCAGACUAGGACCUGAGCAUUUUGUAGGGAGUUUCUUGAAGAUGAGCUGA